AUGCCGACUCAGGAGUUGUGCACUGAGUUCCAAACAAAUUAUAGAGAAGCCCAUCUUCUGUCGGAUAACCGGGUGUUGGUAUUUCUGGCACCGACGGAACGUAAUACUGAGAUGAACAUAUGCUUUGACGGAGGAUCUUGCCACCCAUUAUCUUGUCAAGGUCAUGUAACCAAAAAACCAAAUGAUUCCAUAUUACCAUAUUUACAUGCGGCUGGCUUUGGUGAAGUUGUAAAACUCGGAAACUAUAAGAUAGAUGUCGGUCUCAUCACUGCUAUGGUUGAGAGAUGGAGACCUGAAACUCACACAUUUCAUCUUCCAAUAGGUGAGUGCACAAUAACUUUGGAAGAUGUUUAUUACAUUUUAGGAUUAAACGUUUCCGGUUUACCUGUUAGUGGUUCCAAUUUUGUGCAAGUAAAACAAAUCUGUCAAGAUUACUUAGGAGUUAUCCCACCCGAUGGAGCAACAAAAGGUAAUUCUAUUAAAUUAAAGUGGCUUAAGGAUACAUUUGACGAUGUUGGUGAAAAUGCAUCUGAAUUAGAAAAACAAGCAUCAUGUCGAGCAUACAUCCUACGUAUGAUCGGAGGGUUAUUGAUGCCUGACAAAUCCAACAACCGUGUACAUCUAAAAUAUCUUUCACUAUUAGGAGAUUUAAACAAAGUAUCCCAAUAUAGUUGGGGUUCAGCUGUUUUAGCUACACUUUAUAGAGAAUUAUGCCUUGCAACGAAACCUGGUGUAAUAUCUAUGGGAGGAUGCGCAUUAUUGUUGCAAAACUGGGCAUGGUAUCGUUUGUCUUGUGUCGCUCCUGAAUCUCCCAAACCAUGGAUAUUUCCACUUGCACAGAGGUUUAAUUCUGGUGGUCUAAAUUUUGCUAAAGUUCCUCAUAACGACGUAGAAGGAUAUCGAAAAACAAUUGAUCACAUGAUGGUUGAGGAAUUUUAUUGGAGACCUUAUCUCGGGUUCCAACAUGAAGUUUCAGAAGAAGAUAGGGCCACUUGGAGUGCAUGUACUUAUCUACUCUGUUAUCAUAUUGUUGAAAAACAUCAUACAGAUAGGGUCACACUCCAGUUUGGUUUACAUCAACAAAUACCACAACCACCAGAGGACAUGAAAUCGUAUCACGAGGUCGACAUGAGGCGUGGGAUUGAUGAUAAUUGGACUUGGGUUUGGAGGGAAGAAAUAAACCAUUGGAAUGAGCGCCAUAAUUACGUGUUGCAAGGUAACAUCGUACAAGGUGUUUUAUGUCAUAGCACAGAAUAUAUGAUUUGGUUUAGACAACACACCAAAUUGUUUAUAUCUGUAGAACAAUAUCUUCGUGAUCCCCGUUUACAACCGCCGUCAUAUCCUCGUGUGCAAUCGACCUCCCAAUCAACCCCACAACACCAAUACACAGCAGGACCGUCUUCAUCAUCACCUCAUAUACACGUCGCUACUGAAGUUCCAUUUUAUGAUCCACCACCAUCUCAGUAUUACGUUCCGUCGGUGCCAGAAAUACCAACACCCGGUUAUCCGACAGAAGAUGGGCUUCUCUAUAAUUUGUUUGGAACUCAGUGCACAACUCCUGAGUCGGCAUAUGCUGUAUUUGAUUCAAUGUAUAAUCAACAAUCCCAAAAUGUAAUGGAACCAGGUGGCAGUGGUUCUAAUCCAUCUACAGCUUACAUUGAAGAAAAUGAUCAAAAUGACGAUGAACCGGAAGAACCGCAACUUGUUCAGAGAGCUAGACGAGUUCGGCGACAUCGUACAUGUGGGACUGGGGGUCAUUUAGGUGGACAUCAUUGAUAUAAAUUUAAUGUAUUUUGU